AUGCCUCGUGCGGAGUGGAAUGGUGAAGUUAUUGCGGAAAGUGACGUAUAUGAGACAUUUCCGCCAGAAAGCAUUAAACGAGAGUACUUUGUAGAAAGCCCUCACACUACAACUUGUUCUUGGAAAGGGCAGGCUUCCUAUUAUACACUUUCAGUCAAUGGUAAAACUAACACUAACGCUGCAUGGUAUUAUCCCAAUCCAAAACCUGCUGCUCAAAAUAUUGCAGGGUACAUUGCAUUUUGGCGUGGUGUUAAAGUUACAAAUUAG